AUGCCACGCUUCCACACCGAUUCCGAUUCCGACGACUACGUCCCCCGCCACCACCAGCGCUCUCCCCGCCGGCGCUCACCCACCCCCGGCCCCCCAGUCGACGACCGCCACCCGCGCUUCGAAUUCGAGCCCCACACUCCCUUCUACCCCCCCGUAGCCUCCGGUGCCGCCGGCCCCGGUCCACGCCGUUCCCGCUCCCGCUCCCGCUCCCGCUCAGCCGGACCCCCCGACACCUACGCCGACACCUACCCCGCCACCACCAUGCCCGCCGACUCCACCAUCCUCGCCCACCGCCGCCGCGCCCGCGACCGGGACCGCGAGCGAGCCCGCACCCACCGCUCCCGCUCCUCCUCCACCUCCUCCGUCGACUUCUCCUACCCCACCGACUCCGACUACGACUCCCUCCGCCCCCACAACCGCCGAAACCAUGACCACCACCACCGCGACCACCACCGACGGAGCAACUCCCAUUCCAACUCCCACUCCCCCCUCCACAAAGCGCACUCCCUCCUCUCCUCCACCUUCACCCCCUCCACCUCAGGCCUAGGCGUCGGCGUGCUAGGCGCCAUCGUAGGCGGCCUGGCGGCGCGCGAGGCAAGCGAGGCGGUGGCGGCGGGGCGGGAGGAGCAUGCCCACUCCCAUUCUCAUUCUAAUCAUCAUGGUCAUGGGGGGUAUGGGCAUGGGGGGAGGCAUCAUCAUCAUGAGCGGCGACGGAGUGGGGAUGUGGUAGUGGGGGGAAGCUUACUUCGGUAUGCGGAAUGGAGAAAAGCGUCAGACAAGGCCAUCAAUGUUUAUAACGAGGCACACCAGACCCGCAAGGUCUGA